AUGGUUGAAGAAGAAUUUUGGUUUGGUGCAAAUUUUAGUGCAACGCUAGAUAUGACUUCAUGGGAGAUGAAAGACGAAUGUCUUGAUUUCUUUUCUAUGAAUUUGAAAAUUGUAAUUUUGAAUUUUGAUGAAUCUGAAAAUGAUAGUGUUCUACAAGGAAGAAAAAGAAGGGCCUAUGUGAAAAACAUGGGAUAUGAAAAAGGUGUGAAAAAAGGAUUAGCUCUAUUUCUAACGUACAUGAAUUACUGGAAGCAUCCUUAUUAUAAAAACCUGGAAUAUGAUAAAAAAAUAUUUUUAACAAAGAAAUUGGGUGGAAGUGUAAUCAGCGAUGAAUCUGAUUUUGGUUGGCCUUCAGAUAUAGUUCGAACUAUAGUUUUAGUUGGAAAAACUGGUAAUGGAAAAAGUGCCACGGGGAACAGCAUCCUUCAACGUAAGGAAUUUAGGUCGACUCCUUCAUCUUAUUCUGUUACCCGUACUAGUGAGCUGAAGACAUUGUUAAUGGAAGAUGGCCGGAGGUUGAAUGUCAUUGACACUCCAGGUUUGCUAGAUAUUUCUGUUGACGCUGAAUCUAUUGCAAAAGAAAUUAUUAAGUGCGUUGAUAUGGCAAUCGAUGGUAUUCAUGCUUUUCUUUUCGUUCUGUCUGUCCGGAUUCGCUUUUCAAGAGAAUAAGAAUAUGCUUUUAAGUGCUUGUUCGAAUUGUUCGGUAGCAAAAUUAGUGACCAUAUGAUAGUAGUUUUCACUGGUGGAGAUAAAAUUGACUACCCGGAUAACUAUCUGCAUGGCUGCCCAGAGCCUAUGAAGGUUAUUCUUGAAAUGUGUGGGAAUCGUCGGGUGCUCUUUGAUAACAAGACAGUAGAUAACUGGAUGAAAUCUGAACAAAUGACGGAUCUUCUUUACCUUGUAAAUGAGGUCGUAGAUAAAAAUUCUGGAAAGCCAUAUACAAAUGAGCUUUUUCUUAAAUUUCAGGUCUCAAGGCUAAAGGAGACCACUGAUGCUCUUGAAAAGCGGUUGUCUGAAGAGACAGCUUCAAGUAGGAAUAAGCUGAAGGAGACCACUGAUGCUCUUGAAAUGCAAUUGUCCGAAGAGAAAGCUGCAAGGAGGAAUACUGAGAACUAAGUACUUAAGCUGGUGGAGAAGUUAGAGGAGU